AUGAGGGCCUCCUUCCCUUUUGCUUUGCCCACUCUCCGCUCACACGGUUAUCAAAGCAAAGUAAGGGUGGGCAGCAGGUACCACGAGCCCUCUGUCCCACACAUCUAUCAAGAAGCAAGUGUAGUUCACCGGUUCCACCGAAUGCUCCUAUCUCUCGGCAAAAAUCGUGUGAGUGUGCAGUUAUGCUUCGGAUGCUUCGCAAUAGAUCGACCUAGUUCCUGUUCUUUUCCGGUGCACUCGCUUUGUAUCUCCGACACACAAGGAAGGACGCGGUGGGAAGGAAGCAGCCCUAGCCUCUGUCCGGCUGAUCAUUCUGCUGGCAUCUUCUAUUCACGCCUCCGUUUGACUGCCCCUCGGGGAUAUAGUUAUAGUUACGUGAGUCUUAGUGGGUCGUUGGCUCCACCUGUUGUCUCCUUCUUUGACAUGUUAUUGUCGUCGCCAUAUUCAAUAUGUCCAUUUGUCAUAUCUGCGUUGCUACAGGUCAACACCUCUGAAAGAAGCGAAGGACUUCAUUUAGUGACUCCGCGAUCGCCCUCUGAACGAUCACAAUAA